GAUGACACAAUGGAGGGAAGUUACUGACAUUCUAAUGAGUCUAAAAUGGAUAAACCUCUAUCCUGCCCAGCGCUAAGGAACGACUAUAACCUAGAAACGAAACCUUUAUCCAUCCCGGGCCGACCAUGCCUCCGCCCCCCAAGCGGGCCCGGGAGCCCGCCGAGCUGGAGCAGCAGCGGCGCCAGGAGCAGAAGCGGCGCCGGCGGGACGCGCAGCAGCGGCAGCAGCUGCAGCACCUCGAGUCCUUUUAUGAAAAACCUCCCCCAGGACUUAUCAAGGAAGAUGAGACCAAGCCAGAAGACUGCAUACCGGAUGUACCGGGCAAUGAACAUGCCAGAGAAUUUCUGGCUCACGCUCCAACUAAAGGCCUCUGGAUGCCCCUGGGGAAGGAAGUCAAGGUUAUGCAAUGCUGGCGCUGUAAACGGUAUGGACACAGAACAGGUGACAAAGAGUGCCCGUUCUUUAUCAAAGGCAAUCAGAAAUUGGAACAAUUCAGAGUAGCACAUGAAGAUCCCAUGUAUGACAUCAUAAGGGAGAAUAAACGUCAUGAAAAAGAUGUGAGGAUACAACAGUUAAAGAAGCUGCUAGAGGAUUCUACCUCAGAUGAAGAUAGCAGUACUUCCAGCUCCUCAGAAUGUAAAGAAAAGCAUAAGAGAAAGAAGAAAAAGGAGAAACAUAAGAAGAGGAAGAAGGAGAAGAAGAAGAAGAAAAAGAAAAGGAAGCAAAAAUCUAAGUCCAAUGAGAGUUCAGACUCUGACUAAAAAUCCACCUUGUUACUCCAGAAUCUGAGCUGAUGGUCAGAGGUCCUAAAGGAGGAGGAGCGACACAAGGGAUUCACUUGACAGAGAAGAGGGCCCAAGAACUGUGGGGACUUGUCUUGGGGGCCGUUCUGCUCCCACGGCCAAGUGGUGACCUGGAUUGCUGAUCGGCCAUCCUGGGAUUCUCAUCAUCAUCUUCCCUGAGUGCUACACAGGGCGACUUUUUUGUUGUUGUUUUGUUUUGAAGAAAACCAAGCAUUGGCGUAAGAUAUGAAGACAUCCUGGACAGAGAUUCCCACGAGAGCAGAGUUAAUGGGGGCAAGUCUCCUUUUCACAGGUGUGAGUGAGCACUCUCAGGGCCUGAAUAAUAAAACUCAGUUAUGUCAGACUUAGAAGUGAAUGUCCUUGCUGCAGACAAGAAACUUGUUUGAAAUAUAAUGGUGGUACAUGGGGGAAAGAGGCAGCUAUACAAAUAUCUCAUCCCCAAUGUAAUCGUUUUGUUGUGGAAUCUGACCUAUAUACCCAAACCAAAAUAACUGCUUCAUGAAGAUAUUUAGGGAAAAUGUUUUUUCAAUCAGUCCCUCUCCCUCCCAUCCCAACUUACUAAUAUAAGAACAAAAGACAAAAUCCAUUAAAAAUAUGUACUUAAGCAA